CUCAUUAUCCACCUCCGCAGGCACAUCACACCGUGACCUAGAAAAUUCUUCUUCCCUGCCUCUCCGUUGAAGUCGAGAAGGACUAGCCAGAGAGCGAGAGCCUCAACCAGCUCAAACCCAAAAGCAGCGGGGCCGGGUGAGGAGAUCGACGAAGAGAGAAAGGGAGAGUUUUUUUUAUAAAAAUAAUAAAUAAAUAAAUAAAAAUGGGGAAGAUUCCGGUGAAGGUGAAGGCGGUUGUGUACGGACUCUCGCCCUUCCAGCAGAAGAUCAUGACCGGGCUCUGGAAGGACGUCCCGGGCAAGAUCCAUCACAAGGUCUCCGAGAACUGGACCAGCGUCGUCCUCCUCCUCGCCCCUCUCGUCGGAACCUACACGUAAGCAGAUCAAGAAACCAUGGCCCUUAGAUUUUUUUUAGCUGUCCGAUUUGAUUCUUCCGUUAGGUUUCAGCUCUUCCUGUAAACAGACGAAACGGGAAUUUAACGGCGGAACGUAGAAAAGGGAAUUAGGACGGGGUUUUCUUAAGCCGCCAAGUCUAAAAUUAUUAUUACUCGGUUAAAUGUCACGUGCGCGAUGCACGUGACGGAAUUAGACCUCACAGCGACACAUUUAAACUGUAACAUGUUGUGCUUUUUUUUAUUUCUCCGUAGUAAGUUGAAUUAUGUUUGUUGUUAUAGUUUUGUAUCUUUAUUUCCUCCUUCCUCCAUACCAUUU